AUGGGUAGUGCCCUUAUUUGGAAUGCUCGUGGGAUAGGCAACCAGCCUACCAUCAGAACUCUGAAGAAGCUGAUCAGGAAUUUUAACCCAUUGCUACUAGCUAUCCUCGAACCGAUGACCAGAGAGGAGCGGAGGGUGGCCAUUGGUCUGAAGUUGGGUUUUCACUCCUCGUUAUCGAACGGCGAAGAUGGGGGUAAAAUCUGGCUGGUUGUUAAGAAGGUGUGGGAGGGAAUGUGCUCCACCAACCCCAUGGUAAAUGUGCAGUUGAAGCUGAAAAAGACCAAACAAUUACUUAAAGUAUGGAAUAAAGAGGUUUUUGGGAACAUCUUCCACCAUAUCAAGGAGACACAGUCUGCAGCCUUUGACAUCCCUAAAGAUGGCGCCCCAGGCCCUGAUGGGUUUUCUUCUUCCUUCUUCAUUGAGUGUUGGCCAACGGUGGGAGAAGACAUUCACAAAGCUGCAUGCUCCAUGUUCUCGAGAGAAGCGAUCCCUAGAGCCUUUACUGCAUCUCUAAUAUGUCUUAUUCCAAAGUCCUCCGAAGCCUCAAAAUUUGCUAAUUACCACCCAAUUAGCUUGUGUAAUGUGAUCUAUAAAAUUUUCUCCAAGAUUCUCGCUUCACGAUUGAGCAAGGUCCUCCCUAAACUGAUCUCAUUGGAACAGGGGGCUUUCGUUAAAGGAAGAGCGAUCACUGAAAACAUUGUGAUGGCCCUGGAGGCAAUGCAAAAUCUCGACAGGAAAACUAGGGGCGUGAAUAUCAUUCUGAAACUUGACUUGGAAAAAGCUUAUGACAGGAUUGAUUGGAACUUCCUCAAGCAGGUCUUGCUCAAAUUUGGGUUUAAGGAUAGAUGGGUUGCUCUUAUGGAAACCUGCUGGGGUAGUAGUUGGUUCUCGGUCCUGAUUAACGGGGAGGCAGCGGGUUUCUUCAAAUCCUUUAGAGCGGAAGCCUUCUCCAGAUCCUUCAGACAGCUGGUAGUUAGAGGUUGGUGCAAGCCGUUCAGCCCUCCGAGGGGUUGUCCCCUCAUCUCUCACUUAUUGUUCGCAGAUGAUACAUUGUUGUUUGUCAAUGGCAGCCGGGAAUCGCUCAAUACUGUUAAGGAAUUCUUAAGCUCCUUCCAAAAUGUCUUUGGUCAUAGGAUUAACAACACCAAGUGCUACUUUGUUCCUUCCAAGGACUUAUCAGCUACUAGAAUCAGGAGCACAGAGCGCAUUCUGGGAUUCUCUAAAGCCAGAUCUAGGGUGUUUGUCCCAAGCUGGGAGAUUAACCCUCAUCAAGCAUGUCUUGGGAAGUAUUCCCCUCCAUACCAUGGCAGCCAUGAGGACGCCAGCCCAGGUGAUAACAAUAUGGAGUAUAAUUUUGCUCAAUUCUUUUGGGGAUGGGCCGAGGGAAAAAGGAAAUGCCAUUGGAUUGCAUGGAGCAAGAUUGCUAGGCCAAUUGAGGAGGGUGGCCUUGGGGUUAGAAAUCUGAAAGAUGUGUUGUCUACUCUUCAUAUGAAGAUGGCUUGGAAUGUUAAGUAUGGGGACAAAGAGGGCCCUUGGGUGGCCCACAUGCGCACCAUAUAUCGGGGUGAUUUGGAGGAUGCACUUGCAAUCAGAACAUCCAAUCACGCUCCCCCUUAUUGGAAAGAGAUCAGAAACGUCCUUCCGAUUAUCGCCAGGAACGCCCAGUAG